CUUCAAAUAAAUGCAAUGGGUUUGGAUAUAAAAAAAAUUUCACGUUUUCUUCUUUAUUUCAUUUUAAUUGAUUUUAAUUUCGCGAAUAACAACAACGAUAAUCGUUCAAAAGACGAAAUCGAUGAUGCUUCAGUAUACAGAUUACCAAAAAAUGUAAUUCCAAUUUCCUAUGAUCUACGAAUAUUAACAAAAUUGGCUGCAAAUGACUUUCACUAUGAGGCCGAAGUUCGGAUAACGCUCAAAAUAUUGGAAAAAACGAAUACAAUAAUAUUGCAUGCUCAUAAGCUAAGAAUAGAUAAGGAUAAAUCUUGUUUAUACAAAGGAACCGAUAAAAUUUCAAUUGACCAUCAAUACUUCGAUACAAAUAGACAAUUCUAUAUCAUCAAAUGCAUGAAAUGUUUAGAAAUUGGACAAUAUAUUUUGGUUCUUUCUUUUGUGGGAGAUAUUCAGGAUGACGUAUUUGGAUUUUAUAGAAGUUCCUACGAGGUGGAUGGACAAAAGAAAUGGAUUGGUAUAACACAAUUUUCACCUACUUACGCUCGGCAAGCGUUUCCGUGCAUGGACGAACCGCAUUUAAAAGCGACAUUUACAAUAAGCAUUGGUCAUUAUUCUAAUCAAAUGGCCACUAGUAAUACCGAUAUAAAAACGAUUGAGAAAGUCGAUAAGUAUUAUCGUCUUACGACGUUCUUGACUACUCCACGGAUGUCAACGUAUCUCGUUGGAUGGUCAGUACAUGAUUACGUAGUCGAAAUUUCAGAAUCCUCAAGAGAUUUUAAGAUCUGGACAAGAGACAGCAUGCGAUCUCAUGGUAGCUUUGCCUUGAAUCAAGGCUGGUUAAUUUAUUCAGCUUUACAAGAUUGGAUGAAAGUGGAAAAUCCGAUAAAAAAAAUGGACCAAUUUGCUGUGCCUGAUUUCAACUUUCGCGCUAUGGAAAAUUGGGGUAUGAUAACGUAUCGCGAGUCGAUAGUCCUAUUUCAGAAUGGAACAGUUCCAACGAGAAAAAUGGUUGAUGGCUUGGCCACUAUGGCACAUGAAUAUGCGCACACGUGGUUCGGGAAUUUGGUAACGCCAGAAUUUUGGAAUGUCGCUUGGUUAAAAGAGGGCUUUGUCUCGUACUUCCAAUAUUUUGGAGUCUCUUUGGUACAACCAACAUGGAAAAUGAUGGAUAUGUUUGUCGUUGAUUACGUUCAACCGACUCUUCUCUCGGAUUCCGUGAAUCACGAUAGAUCCAUGAACAGUCAAAACGUCGGAAGUCCUAGCAGUAUCAUGGCUACGCUAGAUUUUGUUACGUAUAGAAAAGGAGCGUCCAUAAUUCGAAUGAUAAAACAUGCAUUUGGUGAGAAUGUCUUUCAGAAAGGAUUGCAUCAUUAUUUAAGCGAAAUGUCGUAUCGAGCCGCUAGACCAUACGACUUGUAUCGUUAUUUACAGAGAGCUAUUGAUACGUCAUCGAAUAGCACGAAGGACCGUAAAUUUGUCAAGGACGUUGUUGAAUCUUGGGCAAAUCAAGUGGGAUAUCCUUUGAUAACGAUAACGCGAAACUACACGAGACAUUGGGCAUUGGUAUCUCAAGAACGAUUUUAUCUUAAUCGAGGCACGAGAAAAAUCAACAACAAUGAUAAAGAACGCACAUGGUGGAUACCUCUGACCUUCGCUACGAGGUCGUCUAUCAUCGAUUUUCAAAGGAUUCUCCCGAAGCUCUGGCUGUGCCCUUGGGAUAAGAGGACGAUGAUUUCGAACUUUCGCGACACCGAUUGGGUGCUCUUCAACGUCCAGCAAAUCGGAUUCUACCGAGUCAAUUACGACGAGACCAAUUGGAAAAUGCUUAUUGAUCACCUUAGAUCAAAGGAGUUUAUCUCCAUUCCCUCGGUGAACCGAGCGGCUCUCCUCGACGAUGCUUUUAAUCUGGCAAGAGCAGGAUAUAUAGAUUAUUCGAUUCCAUUCGACUUGUCCAAGUAUCUUAAGAGAGAGAUGGACUACGAGCCUUGGCUCGCCGCCGUUAAUAAUUUCAUGUUUCUCAAUCGAAUCCUGAAUAAAGUAUCGAAGGUUCAUAAAGCGUUCCAGAAAUACGCGGAAAAUCUGAUUCUGCCUAUAUACGAGUUAUUGGGAUUCACGGAGGAUUCGUCCGAUAACGUCCGGACAAAACUUCAACGGGAGAUAAUAUUAUCGGCUUCGUGCGCGCUCAAUAACGCUCACUGCCUCGAGACAUCGAAAAUAUUAUUUAAUUCGUGGAUAUCGUUGAAUGAAACAAUAUUACCUGAUUUGAAAAGUUUCGUCUAUUGCAUUGGCAUACGUAACGGGAAUGAUGAGGAUUGGUUUAAAAUGUGGAAAAAAUAUCUCGAUGCAGAUUUACAUAUCGAACAAGAACUUUUGUUGUCUGCACUCGGAUGUAGUCGAAAUCCUAUUUUAUUGAAUAAAUAUCUGAAUGUGUCGAUUUCUCGAAAUUCGACAAUUCGUAAGCAAUACAGAUUUUCGAUAGUUACUGCUGUUACGAACGGUAAUCCAGAAAAUGUCGAUCAUACUUUAGAAUUCGUUGAAAACAAUCUCGAAAGCAUUAUUGAUUCACAAGGAUACGAUUUCUUAGGUAAGAUGUUUAUUUCUAUAGGAGAGCAUAUGACAACUACGGAACAAACAAACAAGCUUCGUCGUUUCAUCGAUCAAAAUAUAAAACGUUUAGGAUCGGCCUCAAAAGCAGCAGAGAAAGCGAUUGAUUCUGCUGCUGAAAACGCAAAGUGGGUUGAAAAGUAUGCAUCUCUCAUUGCUAUAAAGACUGGAUCAUUGCAGAAGGGAGUACCGUUACUUUUUGCCAAAAUGGCUUCCAUGAGAGUGUUAAUACCGUUGGCAUUGCUCGUGGUGAUAACAUUGGCCGAAUAUCCAUCAUCGUCAUUCUUGGAUAAUGAAAUUAUCCAAUAUGAGGAAAAUAGAGCAAGUCCUGAAGAAAGCAAAAAGUCUGGAGAUUUUGAGACUUUUAUUGAUGAAGAAGAUUUUAGUCAUGCAAAAAACGAAACAAAUGAUUACAGAUUACUUUCUACAAUUAAACCACAUCAUUAUAACAUUGACUUAAAAAUAAACUUAACGAAAUUCUACGAAAACUAUUACAAAUAUAAUGGAAAAGUUACGAUAGAUUUGGAAGUAACAGAAAAUACGACCAAAAUCAAAUUCCAUUGUGAUAAAUCGUUCCUCGAGUUGGGUACGAUAAAAUUGUUCAAUAAGAAGGAAGAAAUUAACGUUACAAUAUCUAACGUAAACAAUAAUAAUAUUGUGAUACUUGAUGUAGAAAAUGUAUUAUCUCCAGAUAAUUAUACUUUAAUAUUGCCGUACAUUGGAACAGUAAGUGAUAAGGAUAGAGGAUUUUAUAAGGGUUCUUACUUAGGUGAAGACGGCAAAACGAGAUGGUAUGUAGCGACACAUUUUGAAUCAAUCAGUGCACGAAGCGCAUUCCCAUGCUUCGAUGAACCAGCUCUAAAGGCAACCUUCAAUCUUUCAAUAACAUAUGACAAAGGAUACAUUGCGAUCUCGAAUACAAUCGGAGAGACGAAAGAAGUUGAAAAUAAUCAACAAAAGACAAGUUUCAAAACAACUCCAAAAAUGUCCACGUAUCUUAUAGCAUACGCCAUAACUGCUGAUUUUAAAUCGUAUAAUAAAAGUAAUAUAAUGGUAUAUUCAAGACCGAAACCUACUGCAGAUAACAUGAUCGAAUAUGCUGCAGAAGUUAGUGACAAAGUGUUGACACAACUGGAAAAAUAUACUGACAUUAAGUACUCAUCUAUGAUGGAAAAGAUGGAACAAAUUGCUCUUCCUUUAUUGGCACCGGGUGCAAUGGAGAACUGGGGUCUCGUGACGUACAGAGAAACUGCCAUUCUCUAUAACGAGAAUGUAAACGGGACUUUCGACAAGCAACGUGUGGCGAAUAUAAUCGCUCACGAGCUUACACAUCAAUGGUUUGGAAAUUUAGUCACCCCUGAAUGGUGGAAUUAUAUUUGGCUUAACGAAGGAUUUGCUACUUAUUUCCAAUACUUUAUCAUCGAUAAAAUCUAUCCUGACUGGCGUUACAUGGAUCAAUUUAACGUAUUAUCUCUUCAAACUAAAGCAUUCCAUUUCGAUGGGGAUGGAGAAAAGACACGAUCUAUGAAUAGCAUAGAAAAGAGCGAAAAUGAAAUUAACGAUUUAUUCGAUGAUAUUGCUUACGACAAAGCUGCUGCUGUCAUCCGCAUGUUCUCUCAUGUCAUUGGAGAGGAUAAGUUUCAGAAUGGUCUACGAGAAUAUCUUAACUUAAACAAGUACGGUACAGUGAAUUCAACGGUUCUUUUCAAAUCUCUCAAUAAUGCCACAGACAUGAAGAAUUUUCCAGAAAUUAACUUGGUGACAUUUUUUGAACAUUGGGUCAACCAAUCAGGAUACCCAGUAAUUACUGUGACUAAGAAUAGAAAAGAAAAUGAUACAUCGAUCACUGUAGAACAAAACCCGUUUUAUUUGGUAAAACCUACAGAAGAAAAGUUAUCUGAAAAUAAGACCUGGUAUGUUCCUCUGAACUAUAUACAACAAACAGAAGAUAAGAAUUUUAAUGAUACUUCCGUUAAAUCUUGGUUGAAUGAGUCCUCGAUAACAAUUAAAGAUAAUAUCCAAGAAAAAGGUUGGAUUAUCUUUAACGUGCAACAAACUGGAUAUUAUCGUGUUAAUUACGAUAUGGAAACAUGGAGCGAUAUUAUUAAAUAUUUGGGCACGGAUGAUUUUACGGAUAUUCAUUCCUUGAACCGUGCUCAAUUGAUCGAUGACGCUUUCCAUUUGGCAUAUGCUGAUCUUUUGAACAUCACUAUCAGUUUGGAUUUAAUCAAGAGUCUCGAAAAAGAAACCGAUUACAUCGUAUGGAAGUCAGCGUUUAAGAUUUUAUCAAAGUUGAACAAUCUAUUGGACCGAACAGAAUAUUACAGUUACUUUUUGAAUUUUGUUCAUCCAAUUACUCAAAAAUUAUUUAUUAAUCUGAAGCUCUUUGAAAAUAAGAAUGAAACACAUCUGGAAAAUCUUCUUAAGGUAGAUGCCGCAAAAUGGGCUUGCGAGAUUGGAUUAGAAUUUUUCGAAAACUAUUCUACUCAACAAUUUAAUCUGUGGUUAAAUAAAGCUCAAAAUGCUACUAUUCCUCAAGAUUUGAAAAAAGUAAUAUUCUGUGGGGCCUUAAGGAAAGCCAAUGAGACUGUUUGGAUAAACACUUUGAACAAAUACAUACUAUCUAAAGACGUUGAAGAGAAGACACUAAUUCUUUCAUCCUUGGGUUGUUCUUCAUCACGGGACAUUUUGAAAAAUUUCCUUGAUAUAACUGUUCAGGAAGAUUCUAAUUUCAUAAAACAAUUGCCGGAAGUUUUUCGAACAAUAUACUCCAACAGUGCUGUUGGUCUUGAAAUUGUUCUUGAUUUCAUUUCCGAAAAUAUUGAUAAGUUGCAAAAAUAUGAUGGAAACUUCAACAAGAAUAUAGUGAAUAUAUUUACCGAACUUGCAAACAGAAUUGCUAUUAAUAAGGAUAUUGGCACGCUAAAUGAAAUUAACUUUCAACUAAUUAAAAUUAAAGAACUGGAGGAUAAAUUGAACGAAGGUGUGGAAAUUGCAAAGAGGAACAAUCUAUUCUUCAAAAAGCAUGAUGAAAACAUUCAGAAAUGGUUAGGAGUUUCGACUGAAAAUCAAAAUGUAACAACUUCUAAACCAAAUAGUGCUAGUUCUUUUAGCUUUAGCAUUGCCCUAAUGACUGUAUCUUUAUUACUCGUAAAACUACGUAUGACAAAAGUUAAAGCAUUACUUGCUUUGAUUCUAUUAUUGGCCAGAAAUUCAAGGACACUUCCUCUCGAAGAUGAAAGUUCGAAGGAAGAUGGAAACAUGGAUGAGGAACUACCGGAAGCUUCAUAUCGUUUAAGUAACAACGUGGUACCUAUACACUACGAUAUCAAAUUAAUACCGUAUUUGGAUGAGGAUAAUUUCACCUUUGACGGUGAGACAAACGUCCGUUUUAAUCUACAAAAGGUGACACAGGCUUUGGAUUUCCACGCUAAAGAAUUAACAUUCGAUGAGACUGAUACGUAUGUAGAAGGCGAAGAUGGUCAGAAAUACAAGCCGAUCGUAUUCACGUACGUCAACGCAACAGAAAUCAUGACGAUAAGUUUCGAAAAAUGUAUGCAAAAAGGUUUGUACACAUUCCACGUCAAGUUCACGGGUAUUCUCAACGAUGAAUUGUCAGGAUUUUACAGGAGCUCUUACACGAAUGAUAAUGGCAAAAGAGUAUGGUUAGCAACAACACAAUUCCAAGCGACGUCCGCUCGACGAGCUUUUCCAUGUUGGGACGAACCCUCUUUGAAAGCAACGUUCAACGUUUCCAUAAAACAUCAAACAAACUACACAGCCCUCUCGAAUAUGCCGGUUUACGAGCAAUCGAUGAUAGACGAAAAUGAUGGAAAAGUCUGGACACAUUUUCAAAAGACUCCCGUUAUGUCCACUUACAUCCUAGCUUUCGUGGUAUCAGAUUUUGUUAAAAUUUCGAAUACUGAUGGUACAAUUAAUGUUUGGUCGAGAAAAGACGUCAUUCCUUUGAUUAACUUCGGUUAUGAGGUCAUUCAAAAAGCUGUUGUCCUUCUCGAAGAAUACACGAAUAGUUCGGUGCGUGUACCAAAAAUGGAUCACGUCCUUAUUCCUAAUUUUCUUCAUGGAGCCAUGGAGAACUGGGGUCUCGUAACUUACUUAGAAGAUAAUUUGCUAUACAAUCCGAAUAAAAAUUCUCUGAAGGAAAAAACUUGGACAGCGAUGGUCGUUAGUCACGAAUUGACGCAUCAAUGGUUCGGUAAUGUUGUUAGUCCUACUUGGUGGGAUCAUGUUUGGUUAAACGAGGGCUUCGCAUCGUUUUUUCAAUAUUAUAUUACCGAUAAGAUCUUUCCAAAUUGGAAAUUGAUGCAAUCAUUCGCGUCAAGUAUGCAACAACAUAGCUUUAGCAUCGAUGUACAUCCCUACGACAAGCCCAUCGGUCGGAAUGUGAGUAAACCUAAGGAUAUCGAGGAUCUUUUCUCCAGUGUACAAUAUAUGAAGACGCCGUCUUUAUUGCGUAUGUUAUUGCACGUUGUCACUGACGAAGUAUUUCAUACCAGUCUCAUUAAAUAUCUUCAAAAAUAUCAGUACAGCAACGCUCUGCCCGACGAUUUAUGGUAUCAAAUUCAAAAUGGUGUAGAUGAGACACCAGAAAUACCACGCGGCAAAUUUCGCGUAAAAGAAAUGAUGGAUACUUGGAUAUAUCAAAGUAGUUAUCCUCUCGUAACAGUAGAUAGAAAUUAUAUCACUGGCGAGGUAACGAUCACUCAAGAAAUUAUUAAACAUCAUGUUAGUACCAACAAUGUGACUUCGACUGACAAAAAUGAUAUAAGUAAGCGCAAUAAAUGGUGGAUACCUAUAAAUUAUGCAACAAGAACGAAUACCAACUUUUCAUCUACGCUACCUAUUUACUGGUUGGAUCCAACUAACGAUAGCAUUACUAUCAAUGGUAUCGAUACUGAUGAUUGGAUAUUAUUAAACGUACAACAAACUGGACAUUAUCGCGUUAAUUACGACGACGCAAAUUGGAUAAAGUUGGCUAAUUAUCUAAACUCACCUGAUUACGAAAAGAUACACGUUAUUAAUCGAGCACAAAUCAUUCAAGACUCUUAUAACAUGUUCAUUACGAAGAAGAUAAAUUUAACGAUAUUCUUAGAGUUGUCUAAUUAUUUAUCACACGAAGUGGAUUAUAUCGUAUGGUGUCCUAUCUUCGAUAUAUUUAUUAGAUAUGUAGGAAGUAUGUUAGAAACCACCGAAGGUAGCGAACUUAUUCAGCCGUAUAUUUUGAACUUAAUGAAUAAAGUUAUAGACGGUGUAGGUUUCGAUAUUAAUCCUGACGAUGAUUAUAUAACUCAAUUGACAAAAAUUGACAUUAGGAAAUGGGCUUGUCAUUUUGAUCAUAUCGGAUGCAUAAUAAAAGCCAAUGCCGAAUUGAUUGCACAUUUAGAGUCUUCUAAUGAAAGCGAUUAUCCGUUAUAUUUGAAAGAAUGGAUUUAUUGCUAUGGAAUGAAUAAUGCAAACGAAUCGACAUGGAAUAAGUUAUUAGAUAUAUACGUGAACGAUACUAUGUCUAUUGGACGUUCUUUGGCUUGCAUCAAAAAUAUGACUCUCAUUGAAAAGUAUUUGAAUAUGAUUAUAGCGGAAAAUUCGUCUUUCACUUCGGAAAAUUUAUGCGAUAUUUUUGUAUCUUUAUUUUAUAAAGGAUCAUAUAUAACAGAUUUAAUGGCUGAUUUUGUUAUAAAAUAUUGGGACGUAUUGAAUUCUCGUUCAAAUUUACAAACUCUGUCUAAGUUUAUGAUACUAACAGCUACGAGCAAAAAUAAGUUACAAGAGGUAAAAUCGUUUCUGGAAAAAAAAGAAGGAAUACUUAAAGAAGAGAAUAUGACGAAAUUAAUAAAAAAAAGAGAACGAACUCUUACAACUUAUGAGCAAAUAUUAGAUGAGUUUCGUGCAUGGCGUAAAAGUAAAGAAAAUAUAACGAUCGAACAAUCUCUCGUUAAUUCCGUAAUUAAUUGUGUCCCAAAUUUAUUGAAUUUAAGAAAACGGUUGAAUAGAAUGUUAGAAAAGUUAAUAAAGUUAUUUUUCGUAUUUGUUACCAUCGAAGCAUUUUCCCUUUUAUCGAUAAAUCAUAAAAAUGUUACGAUUGAAAGCGAUACGAUUGUUUAUCGAUUACCGACGAAUAUUGUACCAAUACAUUACGAUUUGAAAUUGGAAUCGAAUAUCAUGGUGGGUGAUUUUAAUUUUACCGGUGAAAUAGACAUUAAGAUCGAGGUUCGAGAGCCUACGAAGUUAGUAGUGUUAAAUUGGAAGAAUCUUACGAUAAAUGAAACGCAGAGCCAUUUGGAAAAGGACAAUGGCGAAUCACUUUCACCAAAGGAGCAUCGUUACGAACCGUAUAGAGAAAUGUUAACCCUCGUUUUUGACAAAAUCAUCGAUUCUACUGUUUACACUUUACAUUUGAAAUUCUCAGGCAUUCUUUCGACAGACUUAUAUGGCUUUUUCCGAUCCUCUUACAUUAAUGAGAACGGCGAUACAAUGUGGUUUGCGGUAACUCAUUUUCAACCUAUAAGUGCACGUCGUGCUUUUCCUUGCUGGGACGAACCAGCAUUUAAAACAACUUUUAACAUUUCUUUGAAACAUCAUGCCAAUUAUACGGCCCUUUCAAAUAUGCCAGUAUUCGAACGAUCGUUUACUGACGAAAGUAAUGAUACAGUAUGGACUCGUUUCGAGAAGACUCCGAUCAUGGCAACCAAUAUCUUAGCCUUUAUAAUCUCCGACUUCGAACAUAUUUCUAUACCCGAGAGAAACAUUAAGAUUUGGGCAAGGAAAUCAGUCAUUCCAUCGAUAUAUUUUUUACUCGAGGUCAUUCAGAAAAUAGAUGACGAAUUGAACAAAUACAUGCCUAAUUCUAUAAUGGUACCCAAAAUUGAUCAUGUUGCUCUUCCUGAUUAUAGUAGCCAGGGAACGGAAAAUUGGGGUCUUAUCACGUAUAGAGAAAAAUCACUCGUGUAUAAAGAAAACGAAACUACCAUAGAUGAAAUGGAUAGGAUCCUGAUGCUAAUUGCUCAUGAAUUGGCGCAUCAGUGGUUUGGUAAUCUGGUUGGUCCACGCUGGUGGAAAUACAUGUGGAUGAGCGAAGGUUUUGCCGCGUACUUUCAAUAUUACAUAACAGACAAGGCUUUCAAUGACACACGAAUGAUGGAUAAAUUCCUCAUAGAAGCUAUGCAAGAGAUUGCCUUCCACGUAGAUACCUGUCCGGAUCAAUCUCCGAUGAAUAACAAUGUUAGUAGACCUUCGGACAUUCCUUACAUCUAUUCCCUUAUCACUUAUCGUAAAGCACCAAUUGUUUUACGAAUGUUGUCGCAUUGUAUAUCUGAGGAAAUUUUCAAGGCCGGUCUUCUCAAAUAUAUUUCUGAAAAUAAAUACAAGACCACUGUACCAGACGACUUAUGGCGAUCCUUGCAAGUUAUUCUGAACCAGUCAAAUGUGCCACACGAGGAUUUCGAAAUAAAAACGAUGAUGGAUACUUGGACGGAACAAGAAGGAUAUCCUACGAUUGUCGUGAAUCGAGAUUACGAUACCGGUACAGUGCAAGUGCGACAAUUUAGUAGUAAGUCAUCAUCACCAUCUAAUCAAGUGUGUUAUAACAAAUGGUGGGUCCCUUUGAAUUUUGCAACCCAAACUAAUCCUGAUUUUUCAUCCACUUUACCGACAUACUGGUUAAAUCCAUCGGAGGAUACGAAGACGAUCAAAAGUUUGCCUACAGAUGGUUGGAUUAUUUUUAAUAUUCAACAAACUGGUUAUUAUCGCGUGCACUACGAUCAAGAGAACUGGAAGAGAAUAGCACGAUAUUUAAAUUCCGAUGAUUACAGGAAUAUACACGUUUUAAAUCGCAUUCAAAUAAUUGACGAUGCGUUUAACAGCGUAAUGGGAAACGAUAUACCUAUCUCUAUCUUCGGAAUGAUAAUAAAUUAUCUUUCGCAGGAAACCGAUCCAAUAGUGUGGAAAGUUGUGUUUCGUAUAUUUUCACAGAUGAAUUAUUAUAUUCAAACUCCCAGAACUGCCGCUAUUCUCAAGCCAUAUUUACAACAUCUUCUUAAUGAUAAAUUAAAAGAUAUGGAUUACAAUGAUAAUCCGGAAGAAGAUUCUUGGACGAGAAGAAUGAAACAGAUUAUUAAACAUAUCGCUUGUAAAAUCGACGUUCCUGAAUGUUACGGAAAUGCCACUGCUCAAUUAGCUGAAUAUCUUAAAAAUCCAAAAUCAAUAAUUAUACAACCAGAUUCACAAAAAUGGGUUUUCUGUUCUGGAUUACGAAAUGCGAACGAGUCUGUAUGGAAUGGAGUUUUAAAUAAUUACGUGAAAGAUCGAAAAAGACAAUGGUUAACAUACCUCACGUGCUCGGAGAACCGGACUAUUUUAAACAACUACUUGGUUAUGACCUUUUCUGAAGAUUCUCCAAUUUCUAAAUCUGAUAUCGAAACUGUAUUAAACGAUAUGAUGAUUAAAUCGGAGAUCAGUUUUGAUACACUGGUGGAUUUCAUUAGCAAGAAUUUAAAUGAAAUAUUUUCUACAACGGAUAAAAUAGAUAAUAUUCUUAAUUCUAUUUCAUAUAGGAUUACUACGAGAGAACAACUUAAAAAGAUGAUAGCUAUAUUUGCAUCUAAAGGGAAGCCACUGAAUAAAAUGAUAUAUUAUUUUGAAAGGAAGUUGGUUCAAAUCGAUGAAAUUAUACCAAUCUUUCAAGAGUUCGUUCAAACUGCAGUCAAUUAAUGUAAAACGAUGAUACAAAUUUAACAAAUAAAUCCAUCGAAAUACCUAUCUACCUCAA